AAAUCACUAAGUCGAUGUUUUAAGAUGGCGGACGGUGUGCAGAAACGGUUGCAAAGUGAACUUGACAAAUUUCAAACUGUUCAAAAAGGUAUUUGUGAUGAUUUCUAUUAUAUUAAUAUUAGGUCAUAAUGAAUUGAGAUUUUUAAUUACUAUAAAGAAUGAAAAGUAGAAGGCAGUAUAUUUUAUUUCACCCGACAAUAACGCUAUUUUAACUAGGCCUUCUCAUUAAUGAUUAAUCUCAUCCUCAAUAAAUGUCAAAUGUGACAACUCUUACGCUUGGCAAAACCCACGCCCGCACCGUAAACGAGUUGAAUAGGAUAAAAUGCGACUUUUUAGGACGUAGUAUGAGUAGUAAGAGUUCUUCAAACUUUAACCUAGUAAUUUAAAAAUUGUAUUUAAUUAUAAUUUAAUACUCUAGACUCUAGAAAUAUAAUUUAUAUUUAUAAAACAUUGAUUAUUGAUUCAUUGAUAAUUAUCUGAGACAUGUUGAGAUUUCUAAAAUUUCUAUAGGAUUUAAGACGAAUUCAGCUUUUUAAAUUAUAUGAGGAGAUUGCUGGUCCAUUUUUACACUAAAAUACGAAAACAAUGCAAAAAUAUGAAGUAUCACGAGACCGAGCCUAUUGCCCAAACAGGACAUUUAAAUGUUCAUUUUACCGAUCUUUCGCGGCAUGGACUGAAGCUCAGAAAAUGGCCACUCACUCAGUGCCGUUGUUUCAGUUGAUACAGAAAAUUAUGCUUCAUUGGAUCUUUUACGUUGAGCAGGUAUGUAAAAACUAAAUAAUAUAAUAUAGUGAAUUAUAGGUUUAAAACUUCCGUUCAUAUGCUUUUUGCAUGGUUGUUUGAAAUAUUAAUAAUAUUUUACUGGUUUUUGUGCACCUUGACAUAGGACUUAGCGAAUUUUAAGGCCAUUCAGCAUCAUGAAAUCAAUUUAGUUUGUAUACUACCCCAACAAGCUUUAAAUUUGAAUCUACUUUUUCCUCGUUAUUUUAUCGAAGUGGUUAUGCGCAGCUGACUGCGUAUAACCCUGAGAGUUAUACGCAGUCGGCAAGUCAUGCGAGGUCUAUAUUCUUCCUGUUUUAAAGUAUCAAUCGAUAAAGGUGCUUCAUAAUGAGGGUGACUGGGUGGUCGAAUGGUAUAAACUGAUCAAACUUUAAGUUAGUGGUCCUGAGUUCAAUUCCAGCCAAAGGCCGGUCAUGAAUACGUGUUAGAUGCUAUGUUUGUUCUCGAGAAUGAAGCAAAACAUCUAGGUUUAUUGUUUUACUUUUGUUGUGGCUAAAAAAUGAUUAAACAUGAUAAGAAUUCUUAACUUGACCAAUGUAAGGUUAAUAUUGUUAUUCUUUUAAUUAUCAAAUAUAUGUUUGUGUUGUUAACAUAUAUUUUGUGUUGUUAACUAAUUUUGUGGCAGAUAAAAUCAUGUUUCUCUUGUACAGUAAUAAAUAUAAUCAGGGGUGGAGAGUAGCAGUAAAAAAUAGAUGUAGGGGCAGGGGGUUCUGUAGAGGGAGCACUGGUUUUACAUGGAAACUGAAAACUGUUACAUUGAGGUCACCAAAAAAACAAAAAAAAACAUAAAUGAUAUAAUUGUUAAAAAAAUAAAUAGAAUGUAUUUCCUGAAUUAGUGAAUAAAACCAACCACAUAGUCAUUACAACAUAUAAAAACCUAAUCAAUCAGAAUACAGAACUAGACUUAGACCAUGGAAAUGUCUUUUAAAAAAUAAUCUUCUUAGUCUUAGACUCUAAGUCUAAGAAAUGUAGACUUUGACUUAGACUUAUAAUAUAUAAGAUACAAGCAAUAAUACUAAUAAUAGCACUAAUACUAAUACUAUUACUAACAUUCAAUAUUAAUUAAAAUUAAUUCAAUUAGAUUUUACGUUAAACACAUUAAAACUUAUAGUUCAAAACAAUCCAUCAUGCAGCUAAUUACGCAUAAUACUUUUUUUUAAAAAUUGCCAAACUAGCGGUAAUAAACCUAUUUGGGAAUAACUCUCAGGGUUAUGCGCAGUCGACUGCGUAUAACUCUCAGGGUUAUACGCAGUAUACGCAGCCUACUGCUUAUAACGCUUCCCUUAUUUUAUCAAACAAAAGAAAACUUUUAGCUGUAGAUGAUACUUCAAAUGAUUAUUAUUUUGAGUAUUUUGUAUAAAAAUAUUGUGUUACUAUAUGUAAUUUAAGUUUAAGAAAGGGUCAAGUGACAUAGCUUUGCGUUGGUAAUGUAAAUAAUUUUGAACUGAAAAGCUGUGUGGUGGUGCUCUAAGCGUUAUUAAUGAAGGUUACUUAUUAUAAUUGGUAUAUUAAAAAAUGUUAAGUUUAUAUACAUUUUAUAUGUUAUAUAAAUAUCUAUAACUUCAUGUCGUGUCCACACUUGCAAUAUUUAAAUAAAUUGAAAUUUGUAAGUAAAAAACUAUUCCAAAAUGUUAAAACUUGUAAAUUAACAGCUGGUGAACAGCAUGAUGCCUUACAAAAACAUUCCUGGCUAGUGGAAAAGGAAGAAGACAGCUUUGCUCCAUCUAACUAUAGACAACAACUGACAAGCUGUUUCUUCAGUUGCACACAUUAAAAGAAAAACAAUGGCAGAUCAUGGGAUCAGGUAAUUACUUCUAAUUGCAAAUUAUUUUUAAUUGUAAAGUAAUAGUAUCCUUGUUCCAACUAAAUUUUGUACAUGCAUUUCCUUUUUAAUUCCUAUUUUAGCUGGAAUACUGGUUUGCUCAAAUCAAAGAAGGAUUUAAAGUCCGACCCAUGGUUGAAAAAGUUCUGAGGAUAUUGAAUGACCAUAAAGAUUUGGACAUAACAGUUUCCCGGAGCCAAACUUUAGAUAUGGAUUUCAUAAGUUCCACCCUAUCUUCUUCUGGGGUAACAAAGAAAACAAUCAAUUUUCCACCUGAAGUGCCAACAGUACAGUCAAAAGGAGUACCAAAUGUCUUUGUUAUUGAUUUUUACAAAUUUUGUAUUUUAAAAUUUACACACAAAGAGAUCAUUUAAUUACUUUUUAAAUGGUUAUGUUUAUAUUAUUUUUCUCUUGAAAAAUCUUUAUUAGAAAAGAAAGUAGAUUGUAUUUUAAGACAGGAUUAGAAAUUGAAUAUUUCUAAACAUUGACACCCAGAGCUAUAUGAGGAUUUUGUAAAUACUAUUUUUUCAGUAAGUGAGGAGCCAAAGAACUUAAAAGUGAAACUGUUGCCUUUUUUUAAUGACAUCACUGUUGCUAAUAUUAAACUUAAAAAAUGCUCUUGAAGAUUUAAAGAAGGUCUAAUAAAAAUGUGGAAGAACUAAUAAUUGAUAAAAAUCUUUAAUUGAAUUAAAAAAAAUAUAUUUUUGAAUUAUGUUAUAAAACUUAGUCAUAAACUUAGUUAUAGUGAAAAAAGAGAUGUAGAAAUAAAUCAGUUAAAAGGUAAAAUAAAAGAUACAAACUUGACCAUUAAGUCUUUUUCUAAUAAGCUAAAGUCAGAAAAAUGAAAAUAAAAAAAAACCAUAGAAACAAUUUUAAAAAGACCAUGAGACAGAACUUAAAACAUUUGACAUUUUAAAUUUGAAAGGUACAAUCAAAUUUUUAAAACAAAAUACAGAAUUCAAUCAAAACAUAUCAUGUGGAUGUGAAAAAUCUGCUUCUAUUAAAGAUCCUAUAAAUAAUUUUUAUUCUCCUGCUGUGAGACAAACUGUUAUCAGUCUUGUUUCAGAUGUAGGAGUUUAAGCACAAAAUGUUGCCAAGUGCUUAAAUAUAAUAGCAGAAAAUUUAUUUGGACACAGUUUGGGUCAGCUACCCAUUCUUUAAACUUGUUUAAACAUUUGUCUUGAGGCCAAUGUCAUUAGUCAUGUACACAGGCUGUGGAAAAUAUUUUAUUAUGUGAUAAAAUGACUGUGCACAAAGAUGGUACAUCUCGAGACCACCAAAAAAAUGUUUGUUAUCAAUUGACUAAACAAUGGCACUGUGGUACAUUUAGCAUUUGAUCCUGUUGCAUCAGAAGAUGCCAAUACUAUGUUGGAUGUCACCAUCAACAGUUUCAAGUCAAGGGCCAAUGUAAAUGCCAUGCAUUCUAAUGACUCCUCUUUAGAAGUUUUAAAGAGCUUGAUUACAAAAAUAAAUAGUACCCUAACUGAUAAGGCUGCUUCUAUGAAGCUGUUCAGUCAAAAGCUAUAAAGUUUCCUUAGUACAGAGCUAGGACAAGAGGUGCAAGUGCAUUUCCUACAUGGUAAUGCCCAUUUAUUGUUAGGGUUGAGCAGUGCUUGUGAAAAAGCACUUUGUCAAGAUGACCAUGACUUGAAAUUAGAAACUGGAAAUACUCUUGGUCGAGACAAGCAAUCAUUUUACAAAAGUAACUCUGGCAGUGCUGAGUCUUCAGCUUGUCGUUUGAUAAUGACAUCUAAGAGGGGAUCAGAAAAAUGUUUUCUGGGCCGAAUGGCUUACUUUCUGUCCUGAUUCUAAAUACCCUCUUUUAACAGGUUCAAUGCUUUUUUGAAGCUGCAUCUGCUUUAAUAUUACGUGAAAAAAAAAUUAUACAGUUUUUUUUUCAUCAGGCAAUCUGCCUGAAAAUGUCACCUUAAAAAUGCGUAGUGUUAUUUAUGAUAUUGAGGACAUUAAUAUCAUGUGUGAGAUUUGUGCUGUUGCCAUUUUUUAUCUUAUAAUUUCUGUUCCUUAUUUGAAAUUAGUUAAUAGUGAGACUAGGCAUACAAAUUGUCAUACAUAUGUUAAAAUGAUGUUAAGUGUUUUAGAGACUUGCAUAACAAAUCCUUCAUUUUUACUAGAUGUAAAUUUUUUUAUCUGUUUUUGAAAAUGAAUUUCAAAGCCCUGUAGAUAGUUUCACUUCAAUUAAAUCCUUUGUAACAGCCUGUGGGAACAAUUUUCAAUUUAAAAUAAACUCUGUCGUUCAUGUCAAAAGAGUUGGCCAUUGCCACCAAGCUGCAACUUGCAUCAGAUUUUUUUUGUUUUGGUGUUACAGAAGAAACAAUUGUGGCACUUUCACAUUGUCCUCUUACUAAUAUUUAAUUGGAGAAAGUGCUUUUGGCAACAUAGAUUAUGACUUACAGAAGAGACAAAAUUGUUUAUUGCAAAACAGGUCAGCAAUGAACGCAACAAAAAGGAAUAAAACUGCAACUUUUAUCUGGCAAACAUGGCAAGGCUAUUUUCUUUUGAUUGUCAGCAGGCGAUUAAUUUCAGACAGCAGGCUAGAUGACAAGAAAUUGAUGUGCAGCUUCCAAUGAAACAACUAAAAGUAAAAAACUAAGAAAUUGAAAUAAAUAAAGUGUGGAUAAAAUCACCAAAAAACACCCAACUAAUGGCUAUAGUCAAAGGACACGGGGUCACUGCAGCAAUGCAGAUGAUGCUGAUUUUCUUUUGCAAAAGUUAAGUGGCAAAACUUUGCAUUUUCAAAAUGAAAUUAAUAUUUAAAUUGAUUUUUUUAGUAAUGUUUACUAAUACCCCCCAGUCUGUACUAACAAAUUUGCACAUUUCUAAUUUUUUUUUUCACAGAGUGUAUUUCCUAAUUUUAAAUCAAAGUGAUGUAAUAUAUAUAUUAUUAUCUUGUUUUAUGUGUGGUGCCCCUUUGGAGUUUAUUAACUUUAUUAGUCUCUUUAUCUUUUAUGUGUUGUGCCUUUUGGAGUUUAAGUGAAAUUCGAAGGAACAAUUUAAAAAGAAUCAUUUUUGUACUCUACUUUUGUCAAAUGUAUAUAUUAUUCAAUGGUAUUUUGUGGUGUCAGGUAUGCUUAUUUUAUAUGAAGACUACUAUUAUCUUCACUUCCCAAGUGAUUUCAUAAAAUUACCUAUUUUUCUAUUUGUCAAAUAUGUAUUGGUCGAAAGAACUUCCUAUUUGCAUUCUUAUACAAAAUUGAUAUAUGAAUGAUGUUUAUGAGUAAAUUAGAUAAUUAUUUGAGAAUUUUAAAAUAUGGGUAAUAUUUGUGAUUUCUUAUCUCCCUUUUUAAAAUUUGAAAAUGUUUACAAAAUGCCAUCUUCACGACAAUAAAUUACAGUAGUUUAAUUUCCCCAAAAAUUGUGUUUAUUUUCUGUUUAGUAUUGUGUAAAUAUUGUAAUGUUUAGUAUUGUGUAAAUAUUGUAAAGGAAAUGAGUGCAGGUGACAUACAUUUUAAGAUAUGACUCAUGAAUAUGGGUCUUUGUCAUUUCAUAGAAGGUAAGCAGAGAAUUAAAAAAAAAAUAGCACAACUUUCUUAAUAAUGGUCAAUUAGUCAUAAAUUUAAUGUCCACAUUCUAAGAAUUCUUAGAUCUUUCAUCUUAAACAAUCAAAAAUGUUCUGGGUUUAGUUUGAAAAAUUGGUUUGGAGUUCCUAUUGUCAUCGAAUAAAUAAUGAAAUAUUUGCUAUUAGAACAUGCUACAUCAUUGAAUAAAGUUGGUAUCAUUCCAGCCAUAUGGUUUUACCUUAGCAAAUAUAAUAUAGAAAUAAUUAACAAAGAAUAUUUGCUAAUGUUAACCCAGGAACUGUCAAAAAGGCAGAUCAUUAUUCCAUAUUUAUGAAAACGAUGUACCAUUUAAAAUGAUGUCCUUUCCUAAAUUUCAGAUGUGGCAAAACACAUCGGACUUCGACAACAGUUAGAAGGCCAACUGAGUGAAAACACUUUAGUGAAGGAGGUCAGAGCCAUUGAUAUUUUAGAUCUGCAGAUCAAUCUUACAUGAAUGCCAAACUAUGGGAUCAAAAUGUGUACAAAAAGUCCCCCAAAAAUCAACAUGAAAUACUGUACAAAAGAAAAUGAAAAGUCAAAAAUUAUAUUUAUAAUUUGUUCAUGUAAUACUUUAUAUCCAUAUAGAGUAUCCUUGACUUUUCUCCCCAGUGCAGUGAAGAACUAGGUUUAUGAGAUGGCAGACUCAAUAACUUUGUCAAGUCUGGCGUUAAUUUAAAUACAGGAAUCUGUAUUAACACAGCGAGCCUAAUUAACCCAUAAUUUAUCUAUAAUUGCAAUUGGCAUAUGAAAUGCUAUUAAAUUCAUCAAAUGAAUUCUUUAUUUUUACAAAGUUACCAAUUGAUAUGUGUAAAAAAAAACAACAACCUCAAACCCAAAUUUGAUGAAAAUUGGAUUGAAAUAGGUAUUUUCAUUUCCAAUUGUAAGUUAUCCACUUGCAAGGAUGUUAAGUUAGAAUUCAUGUGCAGUGAAGGGGAGAUUGUUCAGCAAUUUUAUUUGUAUCUGUGUUAUAGAGGUGCCACUUGGUGUCAUUACAUGUGGUGUCACUAAAAAUGAUCAGCUUUAUGUGGAAAUAAAGUAUUAAGUAAAAAUUUUUUAAAUGCAUGCAAUCUUUGCCUGUUUUAUAAUUUAUGGAUUUGUUUGAAAAAACAAACAAUGUAGUUGUUAAUUUUACACUUUAAAAUAUAUUUUUUCCACUUUAAGUCGAUUUUAGCAAUCAGUUUGUAUUUGGAUAGAUUAUCUUCAUAAGAGCUCAGAGGCAAGCACUUGUCUUUUUUCCAAGUUUCUAAAAAUUAAAGAUAAAAGAGGAAAUAAUGAACAAUUCUCACUGAUGUCAGCUAUAAAUAAGAUAUGCUCAUCCAACCAACACCUGCUUUAGUUUUAGAAAGGGAAGUCAUACCAUGUAGUAAUAAAGGGGCAUAAUCAUUCAUGACUUAUGCUAUUCUUUGGUAAUCAGUCAUAUAAAAUGUGUAAAAUUAUAUGAUCGAAAUUAAAAGAGCGCUUAAUGACACCACAAUUCUUACUAAGACUAAUUUAAAAAUGUUCUCUUCAGAAUGAUAUGUAAAAAAACCUUAUGUUAAAUUUGAAGGAUGUUUGCUAAUAAUAUGUUGAAAAUUUCUUACAUAAGAGAUACCAUUUUUGCCUGUUAUUUGAGUAUGCUGAAAAUAUAACUUUGAUUUAAAACCAAAUUUAUUAGUGCUUAUUAUAUUAUAUUGUCUUUUUCAUAUUUUCCUAAAUUAGAACCUAAUUUAUUAAAAACUAAAUCAUGGAAAUACCAUCACUUGUGAUCAGUUGCGUUGUGUUUGCAUUGUUCUGAAUACAUAUAUGUAGAUUAGUUAUUAACAAAACUGUUUUCUUGCAUUAGGAGCUCGAUAGACUGGAUGAAGGAGCUGGUGUUUACAAAAUGGUUGGCCCUACACUUAUUAAGCAAGAUUUGACAGAAGCCAAACAGAAUGUUCAGAAACGUAUUGACUACAUUAAAGGAGAGCUGUGAGUAUUUAUUUGUUUUCAUGCUUGUCAUAUUCUUUGAAGUAUAAACUGAGAUUUAAAAAUUUGUUGAUCUAUUGAAUCAAUGAGCGUUUAUGAAAUGGAAUUUCAAAAAAAAAAGUUAUACCUGGGUUUUAAAUUUUCUUUCAAUUUAGAACUGAUUAGUUGAUUAUAAGGAUUUGAAGCCAUGGCAUUAAAUGUUUUAAGGAUCCAUAUCUCCUAAUUUUCCUUUUUUCAGCUUUUUGAUAAUUAGAAAUAAAAUCUUUUUCAGUAAACGACACGAGAAUGUAAUUAAAGAGCUUGAAAAGAAAGCAGAUGCUCAUCGUGAAACUCUCAACAAAUUGCAACAUCAGUUUCAGCAAGCUCAAGUAAAAGCUGCUGUCAAGUCCUAGUAGUUGCUCAUGUUAUAUGGGAAUACAAUUAAACUGACACUGCCUACAUUUUUUAUUAUUUAGUCAUUUGUACUUUGGUAAAUAUAACAACUCUGUGGACAGUUUUGAAAAUGAGCACUCAUUUUAUUAUUGUACCGUAGUAGACUACUUAAGGAAAUUACAAAACGCCUUUCUUAUAUUUUUUUGAAAGUUUGACAUUUUCAGGUUAUUUUAAAGGGCUUUAUUUUCAAGAGGCUAACAAGAUCAGUUACUGUGGAGUAAGAAGUUUAUUAUUUAAUGGAACAUUUCUCGCAGAUCUUGCAUUGCAAUUUAAGUUUAAGAAAUGUACACUUACAUAUGUGAGCACUUUGAUUAUAUGAGUGUGGGUAGUGACUUGAAUGCCAUCUUCCUGUGUGCUUUUGAGAUUGAUAUAUCAAACCAGAUUUUGGAAUCAUGUAUGUGAAAGAUGACUAAAUGAUUGUGAUUGAGUUAAUAUGAAGAUACCUGUUUUUCUGAACAAACUCAUUUUUUGAUGUUUCAAGACAAAACCAAAGUAAUCUUAUUAUUUUUACCCUUAACUCAGUGGUGAUUCUUUCCCCUCAAGUCCUUCAAGGUAUUAGUUGCAUACUUUCAAAUAUAUUGAAAUGCUUGAAACUGACUUGAUAGUCCUUGAAAGACAAGAAUAUGCCAUUUAAUUUGGCGAGCAAUGACAAAUGCAACAUGGGUAGUAAGCAAAAUUUUAAUAAAUGUUUGAAGCUGUCAUGUUUUUAGACAAUUAGGGAUUUCAUGUUUAUUGUUUUUUUAUUUCUUUUUUAUGAAUAAAUUAGCAAGAGUUAAGGUUAUGUUUAAAUAUUUAUUUAAAACCAAUGAUUUUAUUUUUUGACACAUUUGGAUGUUUCAUAAUCAUGAAUUCUGAAAAGUAUUAAAUUUCCUUGGUCUUGCAAA